AUGGUAAGUUUGAGAAGGCGCAGACUGUUGGGACUAUGCUCAGGAAACAGUUCCUUUGUCACUCCACUCCCUCUGUACUGUGAGAAUCUAUCUAGUCUUGAGAAUUCAAGCCAGCAAGCUAAACCUAAGAGUGAGCAGCCUGUGCUUUCCGAUGAUGCGAGCAACCUGGACAGUAAUACUGCUGCACAAGAAGAACCAGGAUCAUCAAAUGUUUCUGGUUCAAGCUCAUCGAAAGAGCAGCUUCUUCAACAAAUUACAGGACCUCCUAUUAAACGCAGAAAGCGACAUAGAAGGAAGAAUUUGCACAAUCAAGAACCAUGCUUAAUGAGAGGUGUCUACUUCAAAAAUAUGAAGUGGCAAGCAGCUAUAAAGGUGGACAAGAAACAGAUCCACCUAGGCACUGUUGGAUCUCAAGAAGAAGCUGCUCACUUAUAUGACAGGGCUGCUUUCAUGUGUGGGAGAGAGCCCAAUUUUGAGCUUCCCGAGGAAGAGAAACGCGAACUUAGCAAAUUUAAAUGGGAUGAAUUCUUGGCAAUGACUAGACAAGCGAUCACACGCAAAAAACACAAGAGAAGGCUUAGUCCUGGACCAGGUAACAGUCAUGGUAUGCUUCCACUGCCCAAAGAUGAUUGGGACAGUAAGCAAGGAGUGAUUGAAGAUGCAGACCAAGAAACUUCCAUGUCUUGA